CGACACCCCCAGGACAGUGCUCCACCACCGCGGACGGACAACCAGACAGACGGACAGACAGCUACAACCUCAACCUCUCUUCAGCCAAUAUCACGAGACCAGCGCUGUCCGCACCACGCUAAAAAUAUCCUCUCUGUUUUUUUAUGUUGUUGAAACUUUGUUGAGCUGUUUCAUCGUAAGCAAACACUUCUUAUAGACGAGUUUCGGAUAGAAGCAACCCUUCAGAGUCCUUACAUAUCAUCGUGUUCGGUGGCACAGAGUUUUGAGCGCAUUUCACCCACGAUGUCCGCCAACACGCAGCAGAGCAAGAGCUGCCCCAUUCCCACGCGUGUCCUGCAACUCAAAGACUGGUCCCAGCUCCCAGACUGCUACAGUCAGACCCCUGGAGGAACACUCUUCUCCACCACACCAGGGGGAACUCGGAUCAUUUAUGACAGAAAGUUCCUCCUGGACUGCAGGAACUCUCCCAUUGCCCGGACCCCACCCUGUUGUUUGCCUCAGAUUCCUGGGGUGACCAUUCCUUCACACCAUCCAAUGUCCAAACUGCAGGAACUCAAAGAGGAGCUGGAGGAAGAGAAGGAGCUGGCAGCUGAUGACAACCAGUUUGAGAUGGACAUUUGAGUCUUUCAUCUACCUCCUGUGGAGACGUCUCUAUUUUAUCUGUCGGGAUGUUGCUGCUUACCCCACGAUCAGCGGACAUUACAUAUUCACCAGAUUACAGGGCUUUUUAAUGAGCUAAACACCCAAAGGGUGUCUUAUUCUUUUGUUUAAAAGUAUUUGUUACACGUUUACCAGAAAAAGAAAAAAAAACAAACAAACACAUGAUUCUUUGUCAGUGUUUUAAAGUUCUUUAUUGUACAUAUGGUACUUUUUUUUUUUUUUUUAAGAAAAUGUAGCAUUGCGUGUGAGCCGGGGCAAAACCAUGGCAAAAUCUCUCAUUUCUGAGCUUUAUAUUUCAACAAACAUUGUUGAUUGUUUAAUGGUAAAGACCGACUGUAUGCCAAAUGAAUGUCUGCUGCAUAUGUUUGGUGUUUCACCCGAAAAAGCACAUCAGAACAUAAAUGUACACCGUUGUGUGCCCUCAGGGUUUUCCUGGUGUUUCAUUUGCCUGGAUUUCCUCAGGUUUUAUUAUUUUGAUUGAAAUAAAAAAAUUAGAAAAAUA